UAGUGAAUACAUUGGACAUGCGGACACGUUGUGUGAAUUGAUUUUGGUGGCCUAUCAAAAAAAUAAAAUUGAGUACCUAAGCAAAAGAGUGAGUCAAAUCUUCUCAUCAUUGGAAUGUGUCUCAACCCAUUGUGAUAUAGAGUGCUGACUUGAUGAGUGGUCACGUGAUACAGCUGAGUUUAUAAAUAGAAGUGCUGCUGUUCGUUCAGAUCUCUUUUCCCUCUACAGACAAGGAUUGAAUCAGACUACGGAGCAUUUCUACUAAUCCAAAAUGCCCGAAACAUCACACAUUAUGAACGGUUUUAGCAAUGGACACAUGGAGCCCGAAACUCCUGAAGGCGAAUCAUUUUUGUUCACAUCGGAGUCUGUCGGCGAGGGUCAUCCAGAUAAGAUGUGCGAUCAGAUCAGUGAUGCCAUCCUGGAUGCUCACCUUCGUCAAGACCCUGACGCAAAAGUUGCUUGCGAAACUGUAACAAAAACUGGCAUGGUCCUCCUAUGUGGAGAAAUCACAUCGAAGGCAGUAGUCGACUACCAAAAGGUUGUGAGAGAUACAAUCCAGCACAUCGGCUAUGACGACUCAUCAAAAGGCUUCGACUACCGCACAUGCAAUGUGCUGCUUGCCGUCGACGAGCAGUCCACUCACAUUGCAGACGGCGUGCACAGAAACAAAGAGGAGGGGGAUAUUGGCGCCGGAGAUCAGGGCUUGAUGUUCGGCUAUGCUACCGACGAAACCGAAGAAUGCAUGCCACUGACAGUAGUCCUCGCGCACAAACUCAACCAGAAAGUAGCCGAGCUGCGACGAAGUGGCGAAUUCUGGUGGGCUCGACCCGACACCAAAACCCAGGUGACAUGCGAGUACUGCUUCAAGCGAGGAUCAUGCGUGCCACAGCGAGUGCACACAGUUGUUGUCUCCGUGCAGCAUUCGGAAAAGAUCACUCUGGAAGAUCUGCGCGCCGCCGUCACAGAGAAGGUGGUGAAGGAGGUGAUCCCGGCCAAGUACCUCGACUCCAAAACCAUCGUACACAUCAAUCCCUGCGGCGCCUUCGUUCUUGGCGGCCCUCAGUGCGAUGCUGGGUUGACCGGUCGUAAGAUCAUCGUGGACACAUACGGCGGUUGGGGCGCGCACGGAGGUGGCGCUUUCUCCGGCAAGGACUUCACAAAGGUUGACCGCUCUGCCGCCUACGCUGCUCGCUGGGUGGCUAAGUCCCUCGUCAAGAACGGAUACUGCAAGAGGUGCCUCGUUCAGGUAUCAUACGCUAUUGGAGUCGCUGAACCAAUUUCAAUCACAUUAUUUGAUUACGGCACAUCAACCAAAAGCCAAAAAGAACUACUUGCCAUUGUUCGAAAGAACUUCGACCUGAGACCCGGCAUGAUUGUCAGGGACUUGAACCUGAAGAAUCCGAUCUACCAGCAGACAAGUACGUACGGCCACUUUGGUCGCGACAUGUUUCCCUGGGAGCAGCCCAAGAAGCUCGUCGAGUGAUGAGUGACACCCAACUGCCACAACUCCCAACCCCAACUGCAGCCCGUCAUCAGUGUUUGUAGCUGACUGAGUUCAAAUCGCCCUCCUCUCCUCCUCCCCACACCACACCUCCCAUCUUGGUCCAGUUGAAGCUUGCAUUUAUCUAGGUUCACAGUCCUGACAAUCUUUAAUAUAUUAAAGAGAUUAUCACACUCACCAAUUUAAGCUCUGAUCAAUAGUUUGGUAAUUUCUAGCAUUUAAUACAAGAGCUAUCUCAACUCAAUUUUAUUGUCAUGAAUGUAGUGCCAAAUUUUGUACACUAUUACUUACUGAGUAAAACAUAUUCUAGAAUGCAGCUUUAGGUUCGUUAUUUGCUUAGCCUAGUCUUAAUUAUUAGAGAAGCAGAGUAUUGAUAACCUAGAUAAAGAAAUGUGAAAAGGACUGGAGUAAAAUGGGAUGGUUAUUGGAGUACUAACUCCGUGCUUCCUAAAAAUGAUGAAAGGUUUUAUCACUUCUCAUUAAUUUAAUACAAUCCCAGCUUUCAAUAUUCAUUUUACUUAUUGAUCUAUAGUUGAUGGUUGUUGUUUGUUAGUUAAGAACUUUGAAAAUCUUCUUAUUUCAAGUGUUGUAUAGCACAGAUAUAUGAAGAUGUUUUCUAUUUUAUUUUUAAUCUAGUGGUGUUUUGGAUUCAUUUUUUAGAUUUCAUUAUUUUUAGAUUUCCUCUGGAAAAAUUGAAGUACUUAGAGUUCAAUAAUUAUCUAUUUAGGAGUAAUUCAAUGAUAUAAACUUUACAUUGAUAGUUAUGUAAAACAAAAAUUAAUAAUGGAACUAGCUGUUUAGUGUUGUUCUUCAUUAUUAUAUAUGAAUAGAAACUUCUCUAAAUAGGAUGAUAAUACUGUAAUAUUAAUUCAGCAUAAUGGAAGUCUGCUUAAAAAUCUCCAAAAUAUUAUGGAGGAAAGAAAAUUUCAGAAUACUGCAAUCAAUGUAUAUGCAUUAUGCUAUAUUAGACAUUUAUCACAGAAUUUUCUUAAGUAUUUGACUCAGUUUGCAUUCCUAUGUUGUCAUGUAAAUAUUUUUCUGUUUGGCCAUCAUUUUAUUCAUCGUCUUUCAAAAAAUGAAAGGUUUUAUGAUAUUUCAUUUUGAAAUACUUUGAUAAAAUAUCCUUAAUAUCGAUUCCGUUCUCCGUUUAAACUGGAACUGUGAAGACGGAGUUGGCCUUUGAAUUCUAUUUUCACAUUUCAUUCAGCAUUGAAAUCAAUAUUGGGAAGAAAUGUAGUAUUCUGUGUGUUAUAAACGCACAAGAUGAAAAGUAUUAGUAACAUUCAAACACGUCUAAAGACAAAAAAGUCGUAUUUUAGUUUUUUAAGCGAAAUUUCACUGUUUUAAAAUGAAGUUAAUCUGUCAACAAUGUGAUCCCGAUCACAGUGGAAAGGGAAAGACUCUCUUUUCACUGCAAUGCACUUGCAGUUUAUUACUUUCUAUCUUAUAAACUGCGAUAAUUGUGUUGUGUUUCCGAGGAAGAAAAUGGAAAAGAGCUUUCUUGAAAACACUCCGAUCUGGAUGCAUCAUUGUUCCUUUUCAUUUCACUAGAUUGAUAACUUUUAAUGUUAUCACAAAUAUUCUAGGUAGCUCUAUUUUAAGAGUUAUUUUAGAAAAAUCAUCAUUUUUGAAACUAUUGCAUGCUAACAGUUCCACUGUUAUUUUAUUUUUUUUAAUCAACUUUUGGACUCGUAGCUUUUAAUCUUAUUCAAACAAGGCGCUGUUGAAUAACGAAAUUCACAGAAAAAUACUUAUAAACAUGUACAUCUAUUAGUUUUUCAUAUAUAUUUUGUUUGUUCAAGUGAAUUGAGUUUUUUUAUAUGAAUAGUUCUGUUUUUACUUUGAUGUGUGAUGUUUAGUCUAUCGUCAAUACCAGUUUAUUGACUUUUAUUGUAAUCGUUGUUGAAAACCUUAAUAAAGAUAUUCACUUCA